GAACUGUUGCUCUGCAAAUUAAGUCGCACUGCAGCGGGAUUACUGGAGGCGAAACUCUGUAAAAGUAACGUGUGAUUUUAUUUUAAAGAGCGCUACGUGUCAUUGGAGCUGAUCAUUAAUACUUUUUUUGUAUUUCUAUGUAUUCACUCCGUGUCUGCUUAGAUUGCCUGAGAUCGCCGCUUUGAGCAUUUUGGACGUGCACCAUGCAGGAGUCCUGCUGAGAUGAUGCGAGUUUAAAUAUUAGUGUGACUUUGAGUUUGCAGCGCGCCGCAACUUCACCCGAUAAGACAUCGCAAGCGCUCCCUGUCGGAAGGUUUUCGUCGCGGUGUCCGGGAACAGUUUUCCGGCGGCGUUUCCAUCUGAGCCCGCAAUCACGGAAAAACACUGAGAGCCGCGUGGAAAAGAAAGAAAGAAAGAGAUUCGGGGUCUCCUGUGAUGCUGGGAUAAAAUGUUCUCUGCUUCAUCCAAGCUGCCUUUUAAACAAGUCUCCACAUUCAAUGCAAUUUUGUGGGCAAUUUACUCAACAUUUUCAUGACCUGUAACAAUUCUGUAGCCUCUUUUAAUGGAGAAGUAGACUGCUGAGAUAAAUCUAAUCCAGGGUCAACAGAACAGUAAAAAAGAGCAGUGAUUUAGCAAAUUCCUCGACCUUCUCUUCUCAUUCCUCGACAAGGUAAAGCACCCUUCCCUGCAUGUGGUGGGUGAGAUGAACUCCAGUGGGAAUACUGUAGACCCCACUUGACAGCUCAGCCUGAUCACCUGAAAGCUUCUCAACAGAGCCUCCACAAGACCUUGAUAAAAAAAGCAGUUGCCUAAAAUCCACAUCUCAAUGGGGAUGCUGAAUUUUUAGGUAGAAAGUCAAUAUUGAUGUUAUUUUUGUGUCAUAAAAUAAUGUAUAACCUUUAUAUAGGUUGACAGCCCUCUGACACUGCGAACCAGAAGAAACUGCAAAAUAACAGGAUACAAAACUAAUGUUUGAAUACCGGGAAAUGGAAAAUCCUAUUUGUCAGUCUCCCCCCGACUUCUGAUUUUCUCCCUUCUGAGACUUGCCUAUCCAGCUCCCCCUGUUUCCUAUCUCUACCUUGGACAGUCACACCCGUCCCUCCUCCACCUUUUCAACCCAGUAGUUAGUAUCUUUAGCCUUCAGCCUGGCCGGCACAACCAUUCCAGCGAAGGGGGAGGAGGACUUCCUCACGCUGGCCGCCUCCCGGCUCAGCCGCAAGAAACGUGUCAUCGGCGCUGGAGUUGGCGUGGCCAUGGUCCUGGUCCUGCUAGUGGCCAUUCCCCUAUUGGUUCACAGCACCAAGGGGGGAGGGUCCGGAGGAGGGGGCACGCACUUUGAGAUGCUUGGGAGCUGCAAGAUGGUGUGCGACACUUUCACCCCCCCACAGGGAGAGCUGACAGCCGUCUCCCCUCAGCCCCCAGACUUCUCAAACCGCAGGGGAAAACAGGGGUUCAGAGGGAGCCCUGGACUUCCCGGUCCUCCAGGGCCCAAAGGGCCCUCCGGAGAGCCCGGCAAGCCCGGUCCGCCCGGUCCACCCGGGCCUGGACCCGGUGGAUACGGCCCAUCGUUCUACAGUCCCAAAAUCGCCUUCUACGCAGGCCUUCGGAAACAACACGAAGGGAGUGAAAUACUUAAGUUUGAUGACGUGGUGACCAACGUAGGGAACUACUACGAACCGAGCACCGGCAAGUUCACCUGCCCUCUGCCUGGCAUAUACUACUUCACCUACCACGUCCUGAUGAGAGGAGGUGAUGGGACGAGCAUGUGGGCUGACCUGAAGAAGAACGGACAGGUGAGGGCCAGUGCAAUUGCUCAAGAUGCAGAUCAGAACUACGACUAUGCCUCCAACAGCGUCAUCCUCCACCUGGAUGUCGGGGAUGAAGUGUGCGUACAGCUGGACGGGGGCAAAGUCCAUGGCGGAAACACCAACAAAUACAGCACCUUCUCCGGCUUCCUCAUAUACCCUGACUGACAGGAUAUUCACAUUUAUAUAUUCUCUCUCUAUAACCAAGUCUCCUUUCUUCAUCUAACACCCCCAUGCAGCGUAAUUUGUCAUCUCAAUGCUGUUCAGUGCAUAAACAUGUAAUUACACAAUCACAGUUAAUAAAUAGAGAAAUUGUGUAAAAAUAAAAAAAAGGUAUUGUAUAUAUUCCCAGUUAACAUUUACCUCAGACACUAGUGUAAUCAUUAUUCUGUGCCACGUACAGUGUGUGUAAACGUGACUACAACACCAGAUUCACAUUUCACAUGCAUUCGCUGCGGACUCACAAAGGUGUGCUCACAAGGAUUGAGCUGCUCCUAUCAGUUGUUACACUGAAACAAGAUGACCAUUUCAGCCACCGGUCCUAAAUCGACUGAAAUGAUCUCCGAAUGUAGACUGUAAAUCAAAGUGUUUGCACUUGCUGCAGCCUCUCGCCUUCACUGUGAGAUGGAUUUUCAAAUUAGAAAAGUCAUGAAUAUGUUGAUUGCGGCUGAUAAUACAGACAACAUAAUCCAGUGUGUUGUAUUUUUGCGUUGAUGCCCUUCUGCUUGUGGUAAAGCGUGAAAGUGUCACAUUGCCGUAGGUUUGACUUGCACAUUCUCCUGCUCCUGUUAAGGGAGGAGGUGUCAAGUUGUUGGUAACAGUCCCUUAACACACACGGCAUAUUGAUAGUGAGAUUUAGCUUUGAGAUUUUCCCAGAGCCAGAGCUCACGGCAAAGCCUCAUCAUGUCCUGCUAAUGAGCUGAGGCUUCCCCCACAGCCUGUUCCGUCACACUUACAUCUGGCAUCCACAGUUCGCUGCAUACACUUGUUUGCUUUCUUGCAGAGAGUUGGAUGAGAACAUUGAAACUCUCUCAUAUCCGUCUGUUCACCAUAAAGCUGCGGCCAACAGCCGCACAGCUUACACCAUAAGGGUGGGGUCAUAGUCGAAAAGGAGUGAUAAGAUGUGUUUUCCUGAGAAUUGUGGAAAUUGUGUUUUUGCAACCCAGUCUCACAGCAAAACGUGUAAUAGCUACUUUGUGGAACGUGGUAUUCUCACGCUUUCUCCCCAAAAUCAUGACAAUACUACGUUUUAUUUUAGCCCAUUCAUUUACAGAAUACCACGUUCCACAACGUAGCGAUUACACGUAUUGCUGAGACUGGGUUGGUUUGUAUCAAUAAUUCAUAGAAUUGCAGUCACUUGAAUAUAUGUACAAUUAUUCAAAAUGUUCUGUAACCAAUGCGAAAAAAAGUUAAAACCUUUCUCAUGUUUGCUCAGCUGACCAAUCACAGUGUGAGAUGGGUGUGAAUGUUCAUUUGGAAACCUACAGAAAUGUUAAACACAGCCACCUGAUCCAGGUUGUUUGUGAGAAGGAGUUUUUUAAAGCUAUUAUACAAUUACUUUUGCGGAAGUAUACUGGCGGGAAUUUGUUGAAAGGUUAUACAAUCAGAACCUUCAAAACUCCCCCAAAAACUUGUAAUGACAUUUCUCUUUGAAUCAUACAAAAACCUAACUGUAAAAAACAAGAAUUCGUGGUUUGUGGUUGUCAUUUAACCUGAACAGAUUAUUGUGAUGCAUCCAGAUCAAAUCGCAAUGAUGUGUGGAGCUAAUGAUAAUCACUGGGUCGACUUAGGUGUGUGUGACAAUACGGAAAGACGACUCGUCCCUCUAAACAAGAAUAAACUGGUUAGCGCCGAUGCAGCAAUAGCAUCAGAUUUAUCAAAACUGAAGAGUAUUUCUUCAUUAAAGGCAGAGCAAAGAAUAACAAUGGCUGCCUUUUUUAAUUAUUUUGUUUUUGUACUUUAAUAAGAAUUUGAUUGACAGAUGUUUGGUACGAUCACUGCCACACCACCUCUUUGUGCUAAGCUAAGCUAACUGUCUGGAGCCUCGUAUUUACUGAAAAGUUCAGUUUCUCUUGGUGAAAUCAAGUAUGCGUAACUCACAAGAUGUCACACUUUUCUUUUAAUGUUACGGUGAAUAUACCCAUGUUGAGGCCACUGUUGUUCCUGCAAUCUGCAAUCUAUAUAGACGCUAACUGAGAGCGUUAAUUGUGAAUCUCUGUAUGUAACUGAAUGUAAGUUGUGAAUAAAAGCCCCCAAAAUUCGGACCGAGGUUCAUUUGGUAAGGUGGGAAACAUGAGGGAACAAAAAACCGAAGCAUGUUACUGUGCUGUUCAAACCUGCAUUCCAGAAUAAAUCAUAAAUAUGUUGAUGUAACCAAAUUUCUCUAUUCAACAACUCUUUUUUCUUGACAUAAUGCUUAGACGGGUACAGUAGAAAACCCUUUGAGCACAUCCGUCGUGGUUUUAACGCCAUGGGAAGUGACACAGAUCCAGCUGCAGCCUGAUCGCAUGACUGUACCAUGAUGAGAUUUGGAUGUGAAGUUUUCUUGUGCUGUGAUUGAAAAGCCCUCUUACCGUUGUGUAAUUGCACACAGGCAUUACUCCUUUACAUAACCUCUGUGUCAUGCUCCAUCCAACCGUGGGAGCUUUCUGGCUCUUUUACCUUUGUUCACGAGCAGUGCGGAUUCAUUGUUGUCACUGUACUUUGUAAACUGUUGUGUAUAUUUGUUAUGUAGCAAAUUGUUUUAUCUCUGCACUUGAAGACCAGAAAACACAAAUAGGAUUAUUUUGCAGUCGCUGAGUAAAACCACAGCUUUUGUUGUUCUUCGUUCUCCUCUAGAACUCAGCAGGUGACAGGUUGUUCUCACUGCUCAGGGUGUUUAUUUUUGAUUGCAAAGAUCUCAAGACUUAAUCAGCAUUAGUGAGGUUUAUCUGAGGUUCAAAUAUAAAAACAGCUGAGAAAACUAACAUAUUUCCGUAUUUCCAACAAGAGCCAAGAAUAAACUUACCUGUCACGUCUUUUUUUCCUCCAUUGAUAAAGAAUAAUGUGGUAAACUA